AUGUUUGUUAGUCCCAGAAGAGUAAGAAAAUGCCAUUUUUUGCAGAUAGUUGCCACUUCCUUCAUACUGUGUCUCAUGAUUUUUUGGGGACCAUUUGAUAAUCACAUUGUGAGCCAUAUGAAGUCCUAUUCAUACAGAUACCUCGUAAAUAGCUACCAUUUUGUGAAUGACAGCCUGUCUAUCAACAGGGAUAACUUGGACAGAGUAUCAAGAUACCAGUACUUGAUCAACCACAGAGAGAAAUGUCAGCAUCAGGAUGUCCUUCUCCUGUUGUUUGUGAAGACUUCUCCUGAAAACCGUCAUCGGAGGGAUGCGAUUAGACAAACUUGGGGUAAUGAGAAGUAUGUUCGUUUGAACCUUAAUGCCAAUAUUAAAACACUCUUUGCUUUAGGACAACCAUCAGAUUCUCUGCACCAAACACAGCUGCAAAGAGAGCUUCAGCUGGAAGACCAGAAAUACAAUGAUUUGAUUCAGCAGGACUUCUUGGAUACUUUUCACAAUCUUACUCUUAAAUUGCUUUUGCAGUUUAGCUGGGUGAAUGCCUACUGUCCUCAUGCCAGGUUCAUUAUGUCUGCAGAUGAUGAUAUAUUUAUCCAUAUGCCAAAUCUUGUUGCUUAUCUGCAAAAUCUAGCACAGAUGGGUGUUCAAGAUCUCUGGAUUGGUCGUGUCCACCGUGGAUCCCCUCCCAUAAGAGACAAGAGUAGCAAAUACUAUGUUCCCUACGAAAUGUACCAGUGGCCCUCUUAUCCUGACUACACAGCAGGAGCUGCAUAUGUGAUAUCAAGUGAUGUAGCAGCUAAAGUAUAUGAGGCUUCACUGACUCUCAAUACAAGUCUUUAUAUAGACGAUGUUUUCAUGGGUCUCUGUGCCAAUAAAAUGGGAAUUGUACCACAGUACCACGUAUUUUUUUCUGGGGAAGGAAAGGCUCCAUAUCAUCCCUGCAUUUAUAACAGAAUGAUGACAUCUCAUGGACAUGUAUAUGAUCUUUACCAGCUCUGGGAGCAGGCCACAGAUCCCAAAGUUAAAAAAAUUGCUUCAGGGAUUUGGGGUAGAUUAUACUGCAGACUAGUCAAUAUUGUGCUUCUCUGUAAACUAUACUAUGAGGACACAUAUCCUUGUUCAGCUGCAUUUUCUUAA